CCGCUGCGACCUGCCAGACUCCAAGGUCAGACAGGCUGUGAAAGGGGACUCAGAGUACCCGAAGAAGCUCAUGAACACGCCAGUCAGACUCUGCUGCAACAAUCUCGAGUUCACCAAGGACGGCUACGUCAGAAAGAACUCCUCCAAGGCGUGUAAGACAGGCCGGAUUGCUUUGCCGGAUCCUGUCGAGAACUUGUUCAUCCUCUGUAAGACAAAGUGUCAGACAGAGACUCGGCCGCGGAAGUUCCUUGACUUGCCGGGGAGCAACUACACGCGCAGCCUCCAAGGCCUCAGCAUUCGAAGUGGUGCCGAGGAGGAGCACGACAUGGCUGCCGGCGCGGGGGAUGAGGACCACGAAGGCGACGAGUCAGACACAAAGGCUGAGGGUGAGGCGGCGGACAGUCAGACUGUGGACGGUGAGCCAGAGACGACGCCGGAGGAAAGUGUCAAGUCAGACCAAACCAUGACUUGGUUUGCCUGGUCUCCGUCAGAGAUGUUUUGGGCGGAGAUGUACAACCUCUACGGCGUCAGACGGCCAGCCACGUGGAAGAUCAUCGACUUCACGCCCGGGCCGGGCUUGGCAGCCUUGCAAGCCGCCAGACAGUGUGUUCCCUACGUGGCCUUUUGCUUGCCGGGCCAAUCAGACACACUGCGCCAAUCCCUGACAUUCCAGAUUAUGGUGGAGAUUGUCAGAGGAGUCAACAAUGGCUUCACUCGCAGAGCGAUCAGCCGUGUCAGAAGUCUGACAGGAGGCCAUGCGGAAGAAGCACGCCUGGAUGCUGCGAGGGCUGCGGCGAGCCUGGACGCGUCGGUGAUGCCCGACUCACCUGGUCCUCAGACGAGUGGUGGUUGUCAGACGACUGGUGGCAAGCGCAAACGCGCUGAAGGGUCAGACUCCGAGUCGUCAUCGUCCAGCAGCGACAAGGAGUGA